UAAAAGUUAACCUCACUAUUUUUUUUAGAAAUUUGUAGAUUAAAAAUAAUAUUUAGGAUUACUUAAAGAUGAGGAAAAGCCCUGUAUUAUUACGACAACACAUUGGUUGGCAUUUUUAUAAACAUUGGGUUAUCCAAGGAAAACGUAAACCUUUGGAUACUGGUGCUGAAAGAAUUCUUAAGAGCAAAAAAAUACCUGUAUAUGAUUCAAAAGACUUCCUAAUCGAGAAGAGGGAAUUUGAGAAAGUUGAAGUAAUAGGUUUUAAGGAUCGACCUAAACCUUUAGAUGAAACACACCCAGAAUGGAAUGAAAAACCUUUAUUAUCAUAUAGGGACCAUAGUGUAUUGUUGGAAGGUCUUGAUCAAGCUAAAAUUAUAACAAAUACAGUACAACUACAAGAAGGACUUCCCGAUAGUUUUGAAAUUAAAAAUUUGCCCAAAGAAGUUGAUAAAGCAUCUAAAGAUAUAAUUUUUGAUUCACAUUUAUUUGAUGCUGAACAGAAGAAAUUGCCUAAAAUUAAAAAUCCUGCCAAACCUGCAUGGAAUUUUCCUAGGGUAUAUGGUGUUACUCAAGAAAGAAGAAAUAAAUUGAUAACCCAUAGAUUAAUGAAGCUUUUAGAAUCUAUUAAUGAUCGUCAAUUAGUAAAACAAAGAUAUAUAUUUGAAGAUCUUUUAUUUUCAUUUCCAUUCCAAAGAAAUGAAAACUUAAUACAACUGGAACUUUCUGGAGAUUUUGUACUUACCUCAGAAAAACCUUUGUCACCCAUAACAAACUCAGCUACAGAACACUUAAAAUUACCAAACAUUAAUCCAGUUGAUCCUUUAAUUACUUUGAAUAAGGAGAAUAUAUACAAAAUAAGAGAUAUAUAUCCCAUAAAGCCAACUGUCAGGCCUUCACAUCCACAUACAGUGUUUAUAUAUUUUGACAGAGAAUCCGUUAAAAAUUUAUAUGAAGAAGAGGUGACAGAAAAUCAGAUUUUUGGUAGAUCACUUCUGAAAACCUUUGCCGCAGCAGGAAGUUAUGCGAGACAGAGAUAUGGGAAGGACGCAACAGUUUUAAAGAAUCCAGUAACUGUGCAAUGUGUGCAAACAGAUGGCCGAUUUUUUCAUUUAGGUGUGCUGCAGCUCAACACGUUGGAUUUAAGUAAUACAAGCGUUAAGAAUGUUUGGUAUCAAACACCAUUGCAAUAUCUAUUUGAAAAAUGCAUAUAUAAAUCGGGAAAACCAGUUCUAGAAGGUUAUAAUAACCAGAUCAUAAAACAGUUGAAUUGUAUGUAUAACAAUAUGUAAAUUUUAUUAUUAAAUAGUUUUUUUAAUGUU